GCUCGGCUCCGUGUCGGGCCGGCCCCGCGGCCGCUCAUGGGCAGCCUGGGCCGCUCGGGCCCCCCCGGGAACGGCGGGCCCGGCGAGGGCGAGGGCGGGGACGAGAGGAAACUUCAAAAUGGGAGGGUCCCCAGGGGGAAGCGAAGGAAAGGGAAGUGGAAAAGGAAAGCGGGCGCAGGGCAAGGCGGAAGAGGAAGCGGGACGGAAGGGAAGCCGGGGUCGCAGAAGGCGAAGGAGGCAGCGGAGCCGGGGGCUGAGGCGGGGGCGAGGGCAGGCCCGGGGGAGGAAGGAGAGGGAGGCGGAAGCGUGGACGAAGGGGCGAGAGGCAUCGUAAAGGGUGCUAAGGGGAGCGCGGGGGCCAAGAAGGAGGCACAAGGAGGAGAUGGUGGGAAGGAGGAGGAAUGGAGGGUCAGGACUGGGCGGCGGGAGGACGCCAAGCCAGGGAGGGCACAGGGACGAAGGGCUCAGGCUUGGGGCGGCAUCGCCGGUACAAGUGCAGCCAUGGAGGCGGCGGUGGCUGAGGAAGAGGCGGCCGCCCGGCCGGCUGCGGGGCCUGCGCUUUGGCGCCUGCCGGAGGAGCUGCUGCUGCUCAUCUGCUCCUACCUGGACAUGCGGGCCCUCGGCCGCCUGGCCCAGGUGUGCCGCUGGCUGCGGCGCUUCACCAGCUGCGACCUGCUCUGGCGCCGGAUUGCCCGGGCCUCGCUCAACUCCGGCUUCACGCGGCUCGGCACCGACCUGAUGACCAGUGUCCCAGUGAAGGAACGGGUGAAGGUAUCACAGAACUGGAGGCUGGGGCGUUGCCGAGAGAGGAUUCUGCUGAAGUGGAGAUGCAGUCAGAUGCCCUGGAUGCAGCUAGAGGAUGACUCUUUGUACAUAUCACAGGCUAAUUUCAUCCUAGCCUACCAGUUCCGCCCAGAUGGUGCCAGCUUGAACCGUCGGCCCCUGGGGGUCUUUGCUGGGCAUGAUGAGGAUGUUUGCCACUUCGUGCUGGCCAACUCACAUAUUAUCAGUGCAGGAGGAGAUGGGAAGAUUGGCAUUCAUAAGGUUCAUAGCACCUUCACUGCCAAGUACUCAGCUCAUGAACAGGAGGUGAACUGUGUGGAUUGUAAAGGGGGCAUCAUUGUGAGUGGCUCCAGAGACAGGACGGCCAAGGUAUGGCCUUUGGCCUCAGGCCGGCUGGGGCAGUGCUUACACACCAUCCAGACUGAAGACCGAGUCUGGUCCAUUGCUAUCAGCCCAUUACUCAGCUCUUUUGUAACAGGGACGGCUUGUUGUGGGCACUUCUCACCCCUGAGAAUCUGGGACCUCAACAGUGGGCAGCUGAUGACACACCUGGGCAGUGACUUUCCCCCAGGAGCUGGGGUGCUGGAUGUAAUGUAUGAGUCCCCUUCCACACUGCUGUCCUGUGGCUAUGACACCUACGUUCGCUACUGGGACCUCCGCGCCAGUGUCCGGAAAUGUGUCAUGGAGUGGGAGGAGCCCCAUGACAGCACCCUGUACUGCCUGCAGACAGAUGGCAACCACCUCCUGGCCACAGGUUCCUCUUACUACGGUGUUGUGCGGCUGUGGGAUCGGCGCCAAAGGGCCUGCCUGCAUGCUUUCCCACUGACAUCAACCCCCCUCAGCAGUCCUGUGUACUGCCUGCGUUUUACCACCAAGCAUCUCUAUGCUGCAUUGUCUUACAACCUCCACGUCCUGGACUUUGAAAACUUGUGACAGGGCCACCCCUGCUUGUGGGCCAGGAAAACCAGCUACUCAGGGACCUCUCUUGCCCAGAGGGUGUGGUGAUUCCUCCUCCCCACUUGCCCCCUGUGCUCCUGGACUCGUGACCACAGUGCUUGGGCAGCUUAAGCUAGAGGCCACUGAUUCCUGGGGUUUUGGGGUUUACCCAGAGAUGCAGCCCCUUCCAGGAGCCUGCUGGAGAGACACAACCUGCUGCUUUAAGAGAGCACAGCUAAACCCAGGCCUUGCGUUCCUGUUUGGCCAGAGCAAGGAUCUGGCCUGGAGAGGCCCAGCCUGCCCCCAACUCUCUGUUAGAGCCAUGAUAGCCUAUAGAGUGAGGUGAAGUGUUCCCACCUUCCCAGUUGGUCCCUUUCUUCCCCUUCUCUGGAAGGAGAGGUAAGGCUGCCAAUACCCCUGCUGGCACCAGCCACCUCCCUCAGUCAGACCCCACCCUUGACCAACCUCUUGGGGCUGGGGGUUCAUUCCCAGGGCACUGUGGCCUAGUUUCACUUUGAAACCAAGGAGGGACAAAAGGGAACCCAUGAGUUUUGAGUGAGUUCUGAGCCAGCCCUACCUCAGGCCGGCUGCUGAAACAUACUACAAUUUUCAUUUUUGUAAAAGUAAAGCUUGAUUGUUUACAGGUCUAGUUCUUCACUGGUCAGGCAGUUCUGGGAGGCCUCAGGGAGAGGGAACAACAGAUUCAGGGAUGUGUAUGCCGAGGAAAGGACAAGACCAGCCUCAUGGCUCUGUGUCCCAAAGAACAAGGUUUCUUUUCUUUGGGAGAACCUUCCAUUGAUCACCUACCCCUUUGGCCUUGGUGACGGGAUGGGUGUACCUACGGGGUAUGGAGCAGGGUCUGUGGAAGGGCUCCAGGCUGCUGGGGAGCUUGGCUGCUAUCAUCUGUGGUGAUCCUUCUUCACUCUACCCCAACACACACACACCCUGCUCGACACUGUGACUCUUCUUUGGCUUGGCCCCCACAAUGUCUUAACAUCCUGCAUUCUAUUUCCAAGGUUUCUGCAUUUUUAAAAGUUCUCACUUGCCCACACUUAUCUUAGGGAGUUUCCUCUGAACCACUUCUGCAAGAAGCUAAGGUAGCACAGGGUCCCUUAUGGCCUAGUCUUCCUCUGAGUUUAUGCAAACAGGUUGGGGGAGAUGCCCAGCCCUGCCAGAAUCACAUGCUCCUACCCUCUUCUCCCUUUCUGGGGAAGGCUUUUUAUCAAAGGUCCUCAGGAGUGAGGAGAAGGGAAUGUCAUACCAGCACCCUCCCUAGGAAGGCCAAUGGGGCCUGGGAGCAGGCAGCAUACAGGGGACAAGAGAGCAGUCCAUGUGCAGGAACUCAAUGACUUUACUCAGGAAAGAAGAUCAGGACACAGGGACUAGGAGUGCUCCACGGUCUAGUUCUUAUAGAGAGAGAAGGCUGCCUUGUGCCAGAAAGGACCAAGUCUUGAAGUCUCACAGCACUCUCCAUGGUGGAGGUGCAAGGCUCAGGGGCCAACUACUGGGUCUUGCAGUCCCCAUCACUGCUGUGGGCUGUCUUUACCUUCUUUAGCUCCUUCUGUAGCUCUGAUUCGGCCACCACAACCUCUUUUGGCUUCUGGUACUGUGGAUAGAGCCAGGAAGGGGACAUAAUUCAGUCACUGCCCGCUCCCUCCACACACUCACACUUGGGGCCCCUUUUCAUCCCCUUAUUUGCACAUGAGGAAAUUGAGACCUACGGGUUGAAUGACUUGCUCAAGGUCACAUGGCUGGGUGGGAGCAGACUUUGGAUCAGAACCCAAGUCCUGUGAUUUCUACUUCUUCCCCAUCAUCCUCUACCUUCUUCCAGCUGUGAAUUAUACAAUCAGGCUCCUGUCUGAGCCCCCACCCUGCUCUCCCCCUUGCUGAAUUAGAGAUGCCUAUUCUCUAGCAAGCACACCUCAGGGGUAGGGGCCAGGACUGGGGACUCCUAUGGGAUGGGAUGUGGGCAGGAAAAAAGGAAGCUACCCCUGAUGCAGUGGCCAACAAGUCUGGGUGAAUCUUACAGAGAUUAUCAGGGUGCAGUUGGCAUGAGCAAAGCUCAGCAAGGAAUCAUCCAGAGGUAGCUGGUAUCUGUCUAGGUCAGGAAUGGAGAACUUCUUGUAGUACCUGUGGGGACACAGAGGCCAUUGAGGCACCCAGCAAGGUGACCCCAACAGUUGGGCAUUAUGCCCUCUACUGCCAAGCUUCUACACAGUUCUCCCACACCGCCAGAGAGGAAGAAGGGAAACCAGUUAGAACACCAGCAUUUUAGAGCUCAGUGGCCCUGGAAAGAAAAGGAUGCAAGCCUUAUGGCCAGUCCAACGGUGGAAGCACAACCAGUCAUAAUUCCGUGAUUAGAUCAGGGGUUAGAGUGACUCACACUUCACGGUUGGGACUCCCAAAGACAGGUAGAAGAAGCCUUGUGAAAUACACAAAUAAUUCAGGCAGCUUGGGCCUCCUCUGCACUCAAAGCCUCAUGAGGACACCAGAAAAUGGGACACGUGUUCUAGCAAGAGACAGAAUAAGGCCAUCUAGGAUUGUCCUCCAAAGCUGGGGCCCUAGUUGCCAUUUGACAUGGCACUUCUACUGAAGACCUCAGCAACUUUUUCAUCUUUUGGGGUCUUUCAAGGCCUUAUUAUCCUGACUCUCCUUGUAGGCCAGAGAGAAAAGUACAUCCACAGGAGAAAUCUCACUGAGAGGACAAACCAUGUGACUCAUCACAGAAGCUGGAAAGCUGGAUCUCUGGGGCUCUGGACUCCAUUUCUGGCCUCAAGACCCCACUCCUCCAUUUUCACACACCACACAUGGUCCCUAUCAUCUGCAGGUGCCAGUCCAGAGAUUAAUGAUCUCUUUUAGUUAAAAACAAAACAAAAACCAGCAACACCCAGCCUGUAAUGUAUAGAACUGGACUUUGUUUUGCAGGAAAUUUGACCCCUUUUUACCAAAGAGGAAACUCAGGCUCAGAGAGAUGAAAUGUCUUGCCUGCUUUCACAGCCAAUUAUCACUGGAGUUGGGAGUCUUGAUUAAAAGUUCCUUGCUCCUGGUUGAUGCUUAUUACACCAGAGCAUAAAGAAUGGCCUCCUGGCUCUAACAAUAGGCCCAUUUGGCAUUUCCUUGGUGGAAGUGAGGCCUGGGCUCUGGCCAGGGGCUGCCAGACCUGUCACCUGGGCAGAGCAUCACUUUCUGCUGCAGAGGUUGUGUGGGCUGUGAAGGAAAAUGCCUCAGGCAGGUACAAACAACUCAAGUGAGGGGCCUGGAGAAGAUGGGGCUUUUAAUACAUCAGAGGGGCCUGGUCCUGUGGUGACAGCUACCCCAAGUCCACUUCAAAAGCCCCGAUGCCCUGGGGACUCAGAGAGUUGACAUCAAUGCAGCACUCUGCCCCCCGUCCUCCCAGCCCAAAUCCCUCAGUUCAGCAGAGGCUCUCAGGGCCCCUCUCUGCCCAGGUUCCCUGCUCCCCACCAAGGUACUGGGACCUAUGGUAGGAAAAGAAUGUUUACAUAAAGGCUGACAGUUCAAAAGGAGUGGGGGUUGGGGGAUCCUAAUGGCACUGCAAGUUGUUUUAUUUUCCAAAGCUCUGCCCCAGGGAAAGGCGAUCCAUCUGCCUGCAGCCCAGGUGGAAUGCCUGCCUCAUCCUCUUCCUAGCCAGCUCAGGCUGAGGGCUCUUCUUGGAGCCCUUAGUCUGGCCAGCAAAGGUGGCAGACACUGAUAAUAGGGGGAAGUCAAAGGUUAAAUAGUAGAGAUUAGAUGAACACAAAGGCUUGUUAGGAAGUGUUAACAUCUUCCCUGCAAAUAUACACAAAAAGCAGAACCAGGAGAGAAGCAGCACAGCUGAACUAUUCCUCAGGCUGGGGCAGUGGGACUGGAAAAAGCCUAGAGCUUGGACUCAGUGGCAAUGACAGGAUCAGAGGGAAUGUGAGGUACAUGGCUUGACCCGUCCCUGUGUCCCCUGCUCCUUGUCCUAUACUCCUACCACCAGGCUAGGGGAAUGGAGGCAGAGCAGUUCCAGAGGCUCAGCUUUGUUUUGAGUUUAUUGCAAUGGAUUUGGUUUAUUGGUUAAGGUUAAACAACUUCUCCUUAGAGGCUUCUGACAGGCAGCAUUCAGGGGAAUAUGGGAUACUUACUUUCUCUCCUCAGGGCCAACCCGCCCCCUUCUCAUCCCUGUGCUCUCAGCCUUUGGGUUUUUCCAGUGAUGGGGAACUGCACUUGACUUUCUCAUCAGCACUUGGACAUGCAAGGGACCCACUGUGUUUCUGGAAAGGUUAGAAUGCUCAGCCUCAGGCAGCUGUAGGUAGGCAGCAAACAUUUAUUGGGUAUCAGUGUGUCCUAGGCCUUGAGCUGUGAGCUGUGAGCUGUGGAUUUAAGAAAGAAGAAACAAGAAACAGGCCAUAUCCCUGCCUGAGUAGACCUUGUUUUGUUUCUGCUAAAAGCUAAACUCUGGGCCGACCCCGUGGCGCACUCAGGAGAGUGCCGCGCUGGGAGCGCAGCAGCGCUCCCGCCACAUGUUUGGAUCCUAUAUAGGGAUGGCCGGUGCACUCACUGGCUGAGCGCGGUGCGGUCGGUCACAAAACGAGACCAAAAAAAAAAAAAAAAAAAAAAAAAAAAAAAAAAGCUGACCUCUUACAGCGGGGUAGUUCCCUGGCUUCCUGCAGAUGUGCCCAACUUUCCUCCAUUCCCAGCUCCCUUCCUUCACUGUUCUCAGUGUCAGUCAUGAAAUGAGAGAUGAAAUUUUUUUUAAAUCAAUGCUUAUUCUGUGCCAGGCACUGUUUUAAACACAUUUAAUCCUCAAAACAACCCUCUCAGAUUGGCUACUUCUAUUAUCCUCUUUUACAGAAGAGGAAAUUGAGGCACAGAACGCUUAGGUAUAUUGCCCAAGCCAAAAACCUGAUAAAUGGAGAAGCCCCUAUUACAAGUGAUAAUUCCCCAAAUCUGAUCCCUCCAUCUCUCUACAUUCUCACCACAAAGUAACAGACCACUGCAUCUAGAUUUCGUGCAUCUGCCUGAGGAUGAGGCAGAUACAGGAGUGGGGGUAGGGGUUUUCAGCAAUAAACAGGUUGUCUCCCCUGGGAUCCAACCACCUGCAGGUCCCCUUGGUACUCUCUCCCACACAUCAGUAGCCUUCCUUUCUGAAUGUCAGAAGCCUUCAAAAGACUUAUGUAGAAGUAAAUGCUCACGGUAGGACUUCUGGCCCUACCUUGUGACUCUGGACAGGCCACUUAACUUCUGGGUCUUAGUUUCCUCCUCCAAAUUCCUUCCUCAAAUAAAGGAUCUGCACUAGAUGAACUUUAAUUCACUAUCAAAGGGCCUAGAACAGGGCAACGCCAUGCCUCUCUUCCUGUGCCAAACAGACAACUCCUUUAUUUUGGCUAUCUCAGAGAUGACCUACUGCCUCCCUUCACUCUCUACUGUAUACCCUCCCCAAUUCCCAGUUCCUCCCCAACCCAUUCUCCCUUGCCGUGGACUGAGAAAGGGCAUCAGAGGCCAGGCCUUCAGAGAGAGGUUCUCGAGGAAAGGCUGACAGCAUAAGCAGGGCCACUAUAGACAGUCCCUUGGGCCAUGCCCCAUACACCUCUACGGGGUGCCCUGCACACCAGCUUGGCCAGAGGGGUCCAGAGAAGCCUCCAGCCAGACCUGCCCUUCGAAAACCAUUUGGCAUAUCUUCUGAAACAUCAGGACUCUGGACAAACUGGUCACCCCCACCCACAGUAGCCCUGGCUAGAGAGUUACAAAGCACAAGCACAGACUAAAGGCUCUCAGACUCCUAACAGAGAGAAGCCUGUUUAAUCCAGAGUUUCCUAAAUGUAUUUGACCAGAGAAUCCUUUUUCUAGCAAUGCCUCUUAACACUCCCACAGUGUUAAUAUCACCAACAUCAAAUCAGCCAAGCUCUCUUCAGGUUCCAAUUUCCAAAAAACUGUUAAGGACCUACUUCAGGCCAGCCACUGUGCUGGGUACGUGUACAUAUAUGAUUUCAUCAAAUUCUCCAGUCUGUGAGGUAGGUAUGAGUCUCCUGUGAUGAAUGAGGAAACCUUGCCCAAAAUACUACAGCCAGUAUUUGGCAGGGGCCAGAUUUAACCCAAUAUCUUCCCACUCCAUCACCCUGGUCCUUCCACUUACAGUUGCCAGCUUCUAGGCUGAGGCUAAGAACCUUCUUUCUGCACAAACAUUCUUAUCAGGAGCCGAUGGUGCCACACUAGGAUCCUGGAAAUGCACUUUCUUCCUUGCCUGAUUCAUCCCUCACUAAUACCUGAGGCCAAGGAUAUGAUACACUAGAAUCAAUUCCUUCAAGAAAAGUGGCCAACCCAGUUCUUAGGGACAAGACAAGUAUGGACAAAAGAACUCUGGUUUUGGUUAGUAACCACAUUCUAGAAUAUUAGAACUGGGGCAGGCAUGGAACCUCCAGGUGAAAGAAAAGGUCAAAUCAGAGAGAAAUGCCACAGUGUGGUGGAAACUGCAGAUGCCUUGGCAUCAAGAGAGAAGGUCACUAACUUUCCUUCUGGCAGGUCAGUUCAUCAUUCUGGCUUUAUAUAUACAUUUAUGUAAUCAUUAAUAUAUAAGACAAGAGUAAAAAUAUGUAUCCUGCCCAUCUCUGGAUGGUGUGAUGAUCAGAAAACAGAUAUUAAAAGUAUUCUGAAGGCCGGCCCGUGGCUCACUCGGUAGAGUGCGGUGCUGAUAACACCAAGGCCCCGGGUUCGGAUCCUAUAUAGGGAUGGCCGGUUUGCUCACUGGCUGAGCGUGGUGCUGACAACACCAAGCCAAGGGUUGAGAUCCCCUUACCGGUCAUCUUUUUAAAAAAAAAAAAAAAAAAAAAGUAUUCUGAAAAAGUUAACACUACUCAAAGGAAUAGCCUUGAGUUCUGUUUAAUUAAUGGGAGUAAAGGUAUAGAACACAUUACUCCAGGUAGAAGGUGAAAAUGCCAGUAGACUCAGGAAAGAUCUGGUUAAGGGUUUAGCAGCUUCUCUAGUUUAUCUCCCAGCAAAGGGACCUGAGGAGGGUGGGCCUGAGCCAGGCUGGGACGCAGGACCUGAGGCUCAGUGUGGGCUCCGAAAUGGGCCCUGAAACACUUCUCUCUCCUCUUUGGGAAUCCAGCCCCUAGUCCUGCCCCUCUGGGAGCAUCACUCCUAUCCCAUCUGGUCUCACCCAUCAUUUCAAAAAUGUAUCCUCCUCUGCUGACACCACACGGGAGUGGGCCUCUAGCCAUGGAGCUCCUGGCCAACAGCGCCACCUAUGGCUGGAUGCACGCAGGAGAUGGGACCCAGAGGAUCUGUCCGCAGAUGAAUUUUUUGGUGAGCUAGCUAGUCUCUCUUCUCUCACUCCCUGGUAAUCACAUUUCUGCCUGAUAUCUGUAUUCGACAGUGACCUCUGGGGGACAAAAAGGAGGCAGCAGCCAGCUCCACAAAGUGCUAGGCUGCAGAUUCAAGUGCUAUCAGAAGCACUUUUGUUCCCAGUUUGGACCCUGGGCAUCUUACACCAGGGAAUGCUUGCUGAAGUAUGGGGUUUGUUUUCCUACAGGCAAUUUCUCUGUUGUCUGAAAUUGCUAAAUUCCACUUUAGGCACUGACUCCUGUUAAUGAUGAUAACAAUAACUGGAAUAAACUGCCUUUUAUCUGAGGGCUUCAGAGUGCUUUAUAAACGCAAA